AGCAUGAAUGAUGUAAGUGCUGUUUGUAUUACCAUUGAUAACUAAGCUAAGCGCAAAAAUAAGCACUUUGCGAUUGAGAGGCUUGAACAUGCAACCCACUUCAUAACACAGCGCUAUGAUGGGCAGAAGUAACUGAUACUCUUGAGUCUGAACAGUUUUGGAAGCCUUCGGCUUCAGGUCUUACUUCAAGAAGUCACAGUUUGCUGUUGAGUCUCAAUAUAUUUUGCAGUCUCUGAAGUCAUUGAUGACAGCCUCCAGUGUGACUCAUCACACAUCAAACCAAGAAAAAAAGUCGACCAUUUUAAUUUCUCGCACCGAAAUCGUUCGUUGCACUCCUCACCAUGAAGCAAUUGGCCUCCUUUGGAAGAAAAUUGAUCCGUCGGCGGGUGAUGGACUCGAACCAGGACGAGACCCGCUUUUCUCGCUGCUUGUCCACACUAGACCUCAUAGCCCUGGGUGUAGGAUCCACGUUGGGAGCUGGUGUGUAUGUGCUGGCUGGGGAGGUAGCCAGAGAGAAGGCCGGUCCUGCCAUUGUCCUCUGCUUUCUGAUUGCUGCUCUCUCCUCCGUUCUGGCUGGUCUGUGCUAUGCUGAGUUCGGUGCUCGUGUACCCAAGACUGGCUCUGCCUACCUCUACAGUUAUGUGACCGUUGGAGAGAUAUGGGCCUUCAUCACUGGUUGGAACCUUAUCCUGUCCUAUGUGAUAGGGACCGCAAGUGUGGCUCGCGCUUGGAGCUCCACUUUCGAUAAUUUGGUGGAGCAGAAGAUCUCUACUUUUUUCAAGGCGUCAAUGUCGAUGAACGUGCCUGCGCUGGCGAAGUACCCAGAUUUGUUUGCCCUCAUCCUAGUCUUGUUACUCUCUGGCCUCCUGGCAUUUGGUGUAAAUGAGUCAGCUCUGGUCAACAAAAUUUUCACUGGCGUCAACCUGGUGGUGCUGGGCUUCGUCAUCAUCUCUGGCUUGGCGAAGGGGGACACAAAGAACUGGAACCUGACUCAGGAGGACUACUUGGAGUACAAGAACCAAACCAUGACAGAGACUGAAAUUGAAAAGGGGUUCGGUUCGGGAGGUUUUGCUCCUUUUGGCUUCAAAGGAAUUCUUUCUGGAGCUGCAACCUGCUUUUAUGCCUUUGUGGGUUUUGACUGCAUAGCUACCACAAGCGAGGAGGCUAAAAAUCCCAUGCGUUCCAUUCCCAUCGGAAUCGUGGCCUCUCUCCUAAUCUGUUUCGUUGCCUACUUUGGCGUGUCUGCUGCCCUUACCCUUAUGAUGCCCUAUUAUAUGCUUGACACCUCCAGUCCUUUGCCUGAGGCCUUCAAACAUGUGCAUUGGGACCCUGCACGCUACAUUGUAGCGGUGGGAUCUCUCUGUGCGCUCUCCACAAGUUUGCUGGGCUCCAUGUUUCCUAUGCCGCGUGUGAUCUACGCCAUGGCGGAGGAUGGGCUGCUGUUCCGCUUCCUCUCUCGCAUGCACAAGAAGACCAAGACACCUGUGAUUGCCACCAUAGCGUCUGGGAUUGUGGCAGCUCUGAUGGCCUUUCUCUUUGACUUGGCCGCCCUGGUGGACCUGAUGUCAAUCGGAACUUUGCUUGCUUACACGUUGGUGGCUGUGUGUGUUCUCAUCCUCCGCUAUCAGCCGGGGAGUCUCACUGCGGACACCAAUGACCCGAAAAUGAUGGAGCUGCAGAGUCUGGAGACGUCUGAUAUGGCGGACGGGGAUGGUGGGGAUGAGUGCAAACCUCUGAAGAAUCGAUUCAGCAUGAAGCUCUUGAUCUUCCCUAGCUGUGAACAGCCCACCAACACCUCCGGCCUGAUCGUCUACGUCACCACCGCAGCAGUCUCUACUUUGUACACACUGAUGUGCAUAGUGUUGGCUCUGAAGGGAGAUGAGGUUAUCGAGGGUGAGCUGAUGUACUUGAUUCCACUACUGGUGUUGACCAUCCUCUCUGUCAUCUGUGUGGUGAUCAUCUGGAGGCAGCCCCAGAGCAACGAAUCGCUCAACUUCAAGGUACCCCUUCUCCCCAUUUUACCACUGGUCAGUAUUUUUGUCAAUGUCUACCUCAUGAUGCAGCUGGAUGGACCUACCUGGGCUCGUUUUGCAGUGUGGAUGGCAAUUGGUUUCUUGAUUUAUUUUGGCUAUGGAAUGCGGAACAGUUCAGAGGGCGCAAAUAACGCAAAUAACGCGAAGAAGAACCCAAUUCUCUCAAAUAAAUAUGAGAGCGAUGCAGAGGCCAUGACUCCUUAGGCAGGAGUUUUGGUAGAGUUGAAUAAAACGUACACAUCACGUUUUGCUGUGUGAAGGAGGUGAUUGUGUAGGUUCACACUAUUACCAGUUCUCUUUAAUUUGAUACAUACAUACUUGUAAUGUAAUGCCUUUUUAUCUUUGUUUAUAUUUGUCAAUUUGUCUGACAGUCGUUGUAAAAAUCAAAAGGCCCAAUCAAAAUGUUUUUUUUAUUUUUUUUCCUUUACCAUUUUUAUGAAUUAUUUUGAAGAUAUCAAUUCUGUUCCAUGGAGGUCAGUUACCUUGGUUUACAGUUUCUACAUCAGAUAUUGGGAGCAAAUACAACUCGCUGAUGUUAGAGACGGUACAAAUGAUCGUACAGAUGGGAGUCUAUCUGUAUCUGAGACUUCUUGUGCAUAGCAUGGGUUCUCUGAAGAUGUGACAAAAGAUAUGUAUCUGGUAUCAAAAGUUACCUGAUAAUGGUUUGUAAUUGGCCACAGUUUUGUUGCUUUCAGCCUCCUUAAGCAGUUGUGGAACCCAUUAGGUCCCAUGCAUAUCCCACAUAUGAUGCCACUAAAUUGUUAGGGGAGUGACAGGGUGUGUUUUCCCAUCUUUACUGUUUGGCAUUGUAUUAUUAUUUAUUUUAUUUCACUUUUUUUUUGGUUUGCUGUUAUCUAUGAUUAGUCACUGAUUAAUCAGGGAUUAAUUGCAUUGAUGAGCAAUGCCUUGGCGAUUUGUUGUAAUAGCCGUUAUCUAGCAACACUGCUUUUCCAGGACUGCUUUCCCCAUAGGCAUAUUUACAUGCUGCCUUUUUUUUUUAUCGACUUCGUCAUGAAUGGCAAUCUUUAUUUUGUAUCUGGAUUGUGCUAAAUGAGAGGGGAGGGCGCACACCCAGUAUUCUCUGCACAAAAAGAGGCUUGAACACAGGCUGAUUUCACAGACAUGGACUGAAUCUCAUUUUAUAAUCUGAUCCACAAUCCCUGUUUGUGAAACCAACCUAACAAGUUAAACACUUGACUUUCCUGACCACAGAUGGGUCAUAAUUUCUCUUAGAGAGGACUAUAUUUAUUUUUGGCAAGAUUUCAGAACAAUCAUCAAUUUAUUACUAUUAUUUGAAUAUUUAUAUAGAUACAUGCAUGUAUAUUUUUGUUAAAUACAUUGAUAUUUAUGUAUGGUAAAAUCUGGUUAUUAAGAAUGAAUUUUUGAAGAAUGCUUGUCCUUUCAAAUUGCCCCUUGAUCGGUUUUAAAUUGUUAAUUUGCUAUGUGAAUUUAAAAUUCAUGCUGCUGCUCCGUUGACAAGUAUUUUUUUAUACUAUGAUUUAUGUCUAAUCAAAAAUAGUUGAUCUAUGUUAUGGUUGUAUAUAUGUCUGUGUUUGUACAGGAGAACGACAUACAUUUAAACAGUAUAACACUGCAGGUUUCUGGGUAUUCAUGAACUUUAAUGUAUAUAUAUAUUUUUUUCCUUUUUUUAAACUAAUUGUUACUUCUUAUGUUGGGCAUUUUUUUUUUUUUUUUUUUUCUGACCUAAUGAAAUACGAAAGCUUUAGCUUUGUCAGCAUUUGUCAAAAUAACUUUUAAACUUUUUAGUUUUUUUGGUAAUCAUCUUGAAGCCCAAUAUAUAACCACAAGCCUUGUCACACUGUGCCUGUUUCUUAUUGGUUUACAGCUCAUACCUGGUAGGGUUUACUUUGAACAAUGUUUGUUACAACAAGGUUGACCACAGGUUUAUUUCAACUCUUGGUGAACUUUGGUAUGGUUUUGUGUAUGGAAUUGUCUGUUACCAUUGUGUUUCUAAUUACUAAUCUUUGUUAAAAAAGAAAUUGGAAAUUAGACUAUGCUCUGGACACAAAUACAUGGAGAUAUUGUAACUAACUGUAACCGACUUCUUGGCUUUCAUUACGGUAGUCCAAUUAAGUUUUGGAUGUUAUUAAGGACCACAGUAUUAUGGCAUUACAUUUUUAAACCCUUACAAUUAAGUUCUGACUUGUAAACUGAUUUAAUGUAUUACAUUUGUCUCAGUUUAUGUAUAAGCGGUUGUCAGUGAACUGGUUGAUUGUACAGUAAAUGUUUACACUCUGUUUUAAUUUUAAUUUUUUUUUUACCUGGGUAAUCUGAUGUGGUCAUUUUGUGUUGAACACAAUGACAUUAUGAAGGUCUUCUACCCACUUCACAAGUGUUACCCUGGUACAGCUCAAGUAUAUGUAGGCCUAUAUAACACCUGUUAGCCCUCUAACAUUUAGCUUUGUUUUCUGUUACAUUUGGAAACACUAACAAUAUUAAGCUUACUGUUGCAUUUGGGUACAAAUCCGUUAACUCUGUAAUUUGUAAAUAUGUGUAAAAUGUAGAAAAUAAGUUGUAUAUAGAUGGACGUUUUUUUCUUUAGUAAAGGUGUUUUCACAAAUUC